AUGAGUCUGAUCAACAAUCUUUCGAGCACACACUGGCAGGAAGUAGGAAAUUCAUCUAGUGAUGGUAGGUAGAUAGUCGACAGUAAAAAAAAACAAACAAACAAACAAACAGAAAACGCCCGAGAUGUCAUAAUUUUUCGCCUUUUUUCCUAACCAUUCAAAGGUCGGGAUGUUUUUUAACACGUCAACUUUUGCGCCGAAUCUCGCGCCGUCUCGUGAACCAAUCAAAUGCAUGCCUAAAGCAUUCAGCCCAGCAAGGUUUGAAUUGAAGAAAGGAAUGAAUGGCAUUUUUUGGAGAUUAUUUGUUUUUAAUUAUCUGUAACAAUUCUCUCAAAGUUUUCAACUCAAGUUUUUCAGCAAAGCUGACGUAUUCUUCUGACGUUAUUUUCAGUAAUUAUAAUAAUAGAAAGCACUUUUCAUUGGCGGUAUACUUACAGCCUCACUCUAUCAAACUGAUCAAAAAAUUAGACUCUCCCGUUUGCGGCUUAGAAAGACACAAAAUAACUUGCAGAUCACUAGCAUGCGCGCAAGCUCUCAUGACUCGCGUUUUCCGCCCGAGGGAAGAUUGGAGAUGAGUCAAGGAGAAGUUUGCCGGGAGUCUGGAACUAAUCAAUGCCAGACUUCUCGCAGACCUCUUUUCGGCUCGUGUCGCUCAGGGCUUCAUACUUUCCCGUAAGUGAAGAAAUGCUCUUACCGAAAAGAUAAUAACGAGGGCCGCUCGUUGGCUAACAAAACACGAUAGCGUGCGUUAUCAUUCUUUGUGAUGACGCCCAUGGCCUGGUAAGUUGUGGUCUGUAGCCCUUCAAACCAUAAUAAUAGCAUGCACAUUCUCUAUACUAUAACUAAAAAGCAGAAUUUAAUGAGUAGUAAAGAGCUUUCAUAACCCUUUGACUCCUACCAAUGACUAAGGAAACGAUCACCAACUAAAGAAGUUGUUGAUAUUUCAACAAAUUCUGCUUGAUAGCGCCUUAGGAAACAUAUAUUAAGCAGCGUGGAGAAUAUGCAUACUGAUAUACGGGUGUAAAAAUUUAAUGGGUGAUCAUUUCCUUCCAUGAUUCUUAUAACCAUAGCGUUUGAUUCAGCAGCGAUGCUGUGAGGGGAAAUUAGACAUUAGUUACCAUUACGAAUUGCAAGGUUAAACAAAAUCCCCUUUUCCUCAGGUCUAGAAUUCAAAGAAUACAUUAUCACACGUUCCCAAAAAGACGGAAGCAUCUAUAAAUACGCUGUCCGUGCCGCUGACGAUAACGACGCCCCUCCGAGGAUAUUUCAUUUGGAGGGCGGUGACGAGAGGAAAGACCCGCUGAAAGAAUACCGCAUGUUGGAGAUCGUGACGCGCGCGGAUGGAAACAAGGUCUUUAUAACUGGGAUCAGAAAUGGCGGAGAUUGCGUUGUGAAGAUCUGAUCACAGAUCAAGAGUCCCAAUCAUUUUGUCACAGAAAUGCACUUUAACUGUUUUGUGAGAAUCGUUAAUUGUGAAAGUAGUGUAUCUCAGCUUGUGUUUAGUUACGAAGAAAUCUCAUGGCCCAAGAAACUAAGUCUUGUUUAAUAUCUGCCUUCAAGAUUUACAUCAAAACUGCCUCGUUAUGCAAAUGUCCGUCCCUAAAGUUGAUACCGAAACGAGGCUACCAGUAAACUAUGCCUAUUGUUACAGCUUGUGUAACAUUUCAUAUUGAACCUUUGGACGUGGAUACAACUUUUUCUCUAUAUUUAACCUCUAGGUAGAAGUCGUGUGCACAUAGAGGUUCCUUUCCUUUGGAAGGGAACCUUUUUGCCGCAGGUAACACUGUAUAUAUGAGAUAAAUAUUUUCCUUAUAUCAUGUAAAGCGAUUAGGAAUUAUCUUUUAGACUUCUCAUCUUUUCAGUCUUUUCCAAUUAUUUUUAUGAUAUCCGUGGCCAAUAAUUAUCGAUUAUUCACAAAGGUGAAUAUAGAAGUGGAUAUUUACCGAGCCGCACAGCAGCGAGGUGAAUAUUCAACACUUUCACCGACACUGAGGUGAAUAAUUAUUUUAGUAUAUAUCACAUAAAAACGAAAAAAUUGUUUAUUUCUGUUAGUAUACCCCAAAAAAAAUGGUCGAAAAUUUCAUUGUUGACGUACGAUUUUGUCUCUUCGGCUGUUUGGAGGUGAAUAGUAUUUUCUUAUCACUCCGAACCGGCCAAUCAGCGUGCGUGAAAAGCAUUAUUCGCAUGUGUGGUUUUUACUAAGCUUACUUUUAAGUAAUAGAAGUAGUGUUGUUUCGCAUCAUUUUAAUCAAGGUGGUUAAUACUACUUUUUUUUUUAAAAGCGGGAAGGCAUGUACACAAAUAAAAUCACAGCCAUGGCUUGAGCAAAGCUAAACUUCCCUGAGCAGAUUGAAGCACUGAAACUGGUUUUUCACUUGUUCGCCUCAGAAUUCUAUUAUUUUUUAUUGUACUUUCUCCAUCACUGGGAUAAAAGUGAUAGAGCUGUUGUUUGAAUCUUUGUCAAUUAAUGUAAAAAAGGUCUCAUUCGAAAGAGUGAUCCAGAAUCAGGAGAAAAUAAUGAGACCUUAUUUACUCUUGUCAGUAUUUAGUGUCGGCACACCAGGCCAAAUCCCAAGAGAAUGUAUUAUGACGUGAAACAGUUAAGCGUUUCAAAUUCCACGUUAUAGCAAUAAUGACUUUCCUUCAUAAGGGUUGACGCAUAUGUAGAAUUUUCUGUCCUGUAAGAUUUGUUUUUGUUUUUGUUCUUGGUUUUGAUCGUGAUGGAAUACUUGUAAACGAACAUUAAAACGCUUGUCUCGUGAUUUAGAG